AUGGAGCUCUUAAGGAUCUCUGACAUUGUUUCACUUGCGUGGCGUGUCCCCUUACUGGUCAUCCACCUCACAGCCAGAUUCACAUCGCUAUGUCUAUCACGCGGCGAAGCAUCUACAUUAAACUGGCGACAGAAACUUGCCCUGGCGUACCUGCACGCCUUCGAAGCCCGCUUAACAAGCAACCAACAGGCUUUUCAUCUACGCAAGCCUUUAACAGGCCCCAGGAUCCAGAGCUACUGUCGCAAACACCGCCUAGAGCAUAAAGCAAUAUCCUUGGACAACGCGACCCUAGGAGACAAACACAGCAUCCCCGCGCCAGUCCUCCACUUCGUCGCCGUGCCAAACUCACAGCCCAACGGACCAACCAUAUUCUACUUCCACGGCGGAGGCUACCACAACCCGAUCCGAGCCGAAGCGCACAUCCCCUUCCUGUUGCGCUGCGCAGCAGCCAGCCGCGCAAAGCAGAUCAUUUUCCUGGAAUACGCGCUCAGCCCGGAGCACCAGUUCCCAAGCCAGCUGAUUCAAGCCGUCGCCAGCCUGCGGUUCCUCCUCGAAGAGGAAGGCAUCGAAGCCAAGGACCUCAUCAUCGGCGGCGACAGCGCAGGCGGGAAUCUCACAACGAGUUUAUUAGCCCACAUCAUCCAUCCAUCACCACACGCACCUCCACUCGAUCUCCACGGUGGUCAAUUCAAGGCCGUCUUGCUCGUGUCUCCCUGGGUGGCGAUGUCUGCGAUGGAAGAGGGGGAUGUGCGAGCUGAAGCGCGACACGAUCAUCUAACGUUGGAUAGAGCAACACACUUCGCGGAUCUUUAUGAACCGGUGCUAGAUGAUGUGUGGUGUAAUCCGUUUGAGGCGGAAGGUUCGCGCGCCGUGUGGAAGAGGCUUUUUCCUGGUGGGGGAGAGCGUGCUGUGUCGCGCAGAGCGAUACUGGCAGUGGGGACUGGGGAAGUAAUCUUUGAUUCUUGUGUUGGCUUUGGACGGGACUUUCUUGGGGGUGAGACUGUCCGUGUUGAUGGUCAGGCGGACCUUGACCGGAUCAAGGAAUGUGACUUUGUGCUUGCUAUAGCGCCUGGUGACACUCAUGUUCAGCCGGCGAUUGACGUAGUCGUGAGGUACCAUGAUGGACGUAUGAUGAAGGCGAUUUUAGCUUUCCUAGAGAAUUGCUGA